GUCUUUCAGCAACAGAGUUCAGGCUGCCUCUGCUUCAUCAUCUGAGGAAAAAUCCCCAGAUAAGGCAUAAGGCUUUCAGAGCACAAAAAAUAAAGAGCAAUAGUUAUUUUACAUGAAAAUAGCACCUUAUAAUGAAGCAAUGGAGAAGAUGUGGUCGUUUGAUUAUAGUGGAUGUUUCCGUUUACAUUGUAAAUAUGUCAAAUAGACGGAGCUAAACAAGGUCAAUGAUUAAAAAGUGCCUUUGUGAAGUCACUUUUAUGAAAGAAGAGUGCUACGCCUGUCUGUUUUCAAAAUAUUAUCUCUGGCAGCUAGAUGUUGCCCUGACCAUAUAUGUGGCAGAAGGUACCUCAACUCUCUGUUUGCCAAUUUUUGAUGUGAAACUGACUUCAACAUUAAAACAGCUGAAGAAAAAUUACUGCUAGGACAUGAACAGCUGACUACAUUGCUUUCCCUGUGUAAUCAAUACCAGCAACCAGCCUACGAAGAAUUAAUAAUCUAUUGAGGAGUGCCAUUGCAUUGAAGUAACUGUAGUUAAAACAGUUGUGUCAGCAUACAACCAAGAGACUUACACAUUUUACAGCCAGAGAUACCACUGAGCAUGAAUUUUUUGCAGCCAAAAAUCUACACAUGGGACAUAUUGAUUAAUGAGUGACUGCUUGUUGAUAAAUAUUCUUUGCUCAUUCUGCUUUGCACGUUUUGGACUCCAGUAAGCAAUUUAUUUCUUCAUUGCUGCUAGGAGGCGUUUUGUUUUGUUUUUUCUCCCUACCCCCAAACCUGUCCUUCAACAGUUAUUUUUGGAAUUGGAGUUUGCUUGGCAUAAUUGACUUAACAGUAAAUUACAAAAUCUAAAUCAGUUUUUCAUCAUGGCUUUGAAUGUUGCUCCUGUAAGAGAUACAAAAUGGCUAACACUGGAAGUUUGCAGACAAUUUCAGAGGGGAACUUGUUCACGUUCUGAUGAAGAAUGCAAAUUUGCACAUCCCCCCAAAAGCUGCCAGGUCGAAAAUGGAAGAGUUAUUGCUUGCUUUGAUUCCUUAAAGGGACGUUGUACGAGGGAGAACUGCAAGUAUCUCCAUCCACCAACACAUUUAAAAACUCAACUAGAAAUUAAUGGCAGAAACAACUUAAUCCAGCAGAAAACUGCAGCAGCAAUGCUUGCCCAGCAGAUGCAGUUCAUGUUUCCGGGAACACCACUUCAGUCAGUGCCUACGUUUCCAGUAGGUCCAACAAUAGGAACGAACACAGCUAUUAGUUUUGCUCCUUAUAUAACACCAGUAACACCUGGAGUUGGGUUAGUUCCUACUGAAAUCCUACCCACGCCACCUGUAAUUGUUCCUGGAAGUCCACCUGUCUCAGUCCCUGGUUCAACAGCUACUCAGAAACUCCUCAGGACUGAUAAACUGGAGGUAUGCAGGGAGUUCCAGCGAGGAAACUGUGCGCGCGGAGAGACUGAUUGCCGCUUUGCACAUCCUGCAGACAGCACAAUGAUUGACACAAAUGACAACACUGUAACCGUUUGUAUGGAUUAUAUAAAAGGUCGUUGCAUGAGGGAGAAAUGCAAAUAUUUUCACCCUCCUGCACAUUUGCAGGCCAAAAUCAAAGCUGCUCAACACCAAGCCAACCAGGCUGCAGUGGCAGCUCAAGCAGCUGCUGCAGCUGCUACAGUGAUGACUCAGUCGACUGCCAAAGCAAUGAAGCGACCUCUCGAAGCAACUGUAGACCUGGCCUUUCCUCCCGGUGUUCUUCAUCCAUUACCAAAGAGACAAGCACUUGAAAAAAACAAUGGUGCCAGUGCCGUUUUUAAUCCCAGUGUCUUGCACUAUCAACAGGCGCUUGCCAAUGCACAGUUGCAGCAACACGCAGCAUUUAUUCCAACAGAUAAUCCUGAAAUAAUCAGCAGAAGUGGAAUGGAAUGUCAAGAAGCCUCACUGAGAAUGGCAAAACAUUGUUACUGUACAUACUGUCCUGUUUCCUCCUCUUUAGAGUUGCCACAAACUGCAUGCUAAGUAACGAUUUUGUUCUUAUGGACAAAUCACAAACUCUAAGAAGCUAGUGCUGCUAUGUUAUAUAUGAAUAGUAAAUAUGGUAUGCUUACUGUAUCCCAACCUAAAAUAGUUAACUACCUGAUACCAGCUGUGAUGUUUCGAGACUUAAAGGGUACAUUUACUUUUAAAGAUUUUAUAAACAUAGUUUACUUCUUAGGAAUAUUGUCUUAUCUCCAUAACUAUAGCGAAUGCAAAUGGUCCAAUUAAUUUAGUAUUCUAAGAUUCAUGGCGUUAUGAAUCUUUCAAGUUUAGCAAUAAUUCAUUUAUAUUGGCUAAGAUAUAUCCCAGUUGCAGGUUUAUUUUUAACCCUAAUUACACGUUUUAUUUUUUUCCUUGGUUAAAGACGUCCUGUGUUUACUUCCCUUGUGAGCUGAUUCCCAGACAAAGAAAGGAAGUGAAACACACUCCAGUCCUCGUGCUCAUCACCCUGCCAGUCUACAAUUUUAAAUAGAAAACCCAAAGCAAAGCACAAAUCUUUAGAUGCACCUAAGUUGAUAUUUGACUUGGAUGGACAAGCUGCAUUGAAUCAUGGGAUUCUAGAAUAGCAAAAGAAAAAUCUAAAACUUUGCACGGUAUGAAUCUCAUACCCCCAACAAAGUCUUGAAAAUUUUAUUUUACAAGUAUAUUUAUAACGUUUUUAAAAGAGACUUUGCAGAAGUGCCUAAAAUUUGCCACAUCAGACUUCAAGGAAGUGAGGCUGAUGCCAACUAUCUAAUAUACAGUAAGUGAUAAAUGUUUCAAAAUUGCAAUCAGAUUAUCACAAAGAGCCGAGCUAUUAAGUAACUUCUAUAAACAAACAAACACCUAAUUAAAGAGGCUGUAGGUGAGGAGAUUGUGUGAUAUUCUCAUUUUAAAAAAAUGAAUUCAGUCACUGAAAACCUGGUAAGUGACUUUAAUCUAGAUUAUUAACUAAAAAUUAAACAUGUAGGGAGCGCUUAAAUUUAAUAAACCAUUACUGUUCUUGUAUUUUUUAAAUUACAUUAUAGGAUGAUAACUGGAUUACAGUGGAGAAAUAAUACUAGUUAUUUUAAUCUUUUUUCUUUAAAACAUAUUUUAUGUCACAAAGUAUGAAGAUAUCUUUAAUACAAUUAUAUACAUAUUAUAUAUACAUACAUACAUAUAUAUGGAUGAAACAGAUUUUAAUGUUGUUUACUUUUUUAAAUGAUUUGUUGAUUUACACAGUAAUUAUAUAUGUACAAUUAAAAUUUCAUUUAAGUUUGGUUUAAGAUUUGUUUCAAGCACUAUUGUACCAAAUAUUUCAUAUUUCACAUUUUAUAUGUUGCACAUGUCACAUAAAUACGUAGUUUUUUAAAUUAUGAUUUAAAAAACAAAACAGCUGUUAUAAAUGAAUAUUAUGUAUAAUUGUUUGCAGCAUCAGUUUUCUAUGUGGACAUUAUUAGUGAUUGCAGUAUUUUAACUUAAACUUUACAGAUUGAUUGUAAAAUAUUUUAAACUUUGGCAGCACUGCCUGUUCUGAAAGACUAGAGGCACUAACAACAUGAUUAUUUGUUUUGGAAAUGACUUCCCAUUCUAAAUCUUGUUUGUCAAAUGUCUGAUUACUAUAUCUUUAUAUUAAGAUUGUAGAUUUGAUCACCCAAAAGAAAACAAAAUCACAAUCUGAUUGUAAAAUUAACAUAAUGCUUGUAAUGUUGCAUUUGUUUUAAUUUGUGGGAAAAUAAUGUAUCUUAACUUGUUCCUUUAGCAGUUAAGGUAUCACCAUUAUGUACUAUUAAAACACUAAUGUUUGUAGACUUUCUCAGUCAUUUUAACCAGGUAGUUGACACUGCAACUUGCCUAUAUCUGUCAAAGUUGUUUUUCAUUUUAUUUUUUUUAAUACUAGUUAAUUUAGGCAUUUUGGUAGCAUAUUGUAUAAUACUAAAUGGUAAAUUAUCCACAUUGUUUAAAUAUUUUCUGUAGCGAACUCUUUAAAACAUUGUUUUGUGUGAUCUUUUUAUGUUUCAAAAUAAUUAUUCUAUAUUUUUUACAGUUAAUUCAAUAUUACUAUUUUUGGCCCAUUGAUGACAGUGUUCCGGUACAUCAGGGCUUACAUCCACACAAAUUUACACACAAAAGAAAAAAUGUAUUUUUAAUAAGAGAUCCAUUUUCCGACUUUAUGACUUUGUAAUAUUCCUCAAAACUGUGAAAGUGCAAACCUAUGCUAACAAGAAGGAGGCAAUUACGCAGAUGAGCAAAUAAAUGUAGAACAGAUUCUGCAUUUUAUUUAUUUAUAAAGUAAUUUUAUAGAAUAUUUCAAAAUUUGGGAAGAUCUAAAACUAUUUUUCUGUAUAAAUAUUAUUUGCCAAAACUUUGUUUAUAUUUUAAAAAGAAAGUCUAAUGGAGAUGAAUAAAUCUUAAAUGCUUUGUUGAAUUACAGAAAAGGAACUCCCCAGAAAAAAUCAUGAGAUGGGCCAACACUGAGAAACUAUAGCUGAGAGGUAAUUUCGAGUUACUUGAGAUGUCUCUAUUUAUUUUGUACAAAUGAAACAGCACUUCACCAAAAUACCUUAUCAUUUGCCUCUCUCAUACAAAAUAUAAUUGGCAACAUUUCUGGCUAUUUCAAUAACAGUUUAAGAAUCCCCUUCAUUCAUUCCUUUCACUGUAACCAUAGCAAUCUGUUAAAAUAUCCAUUAUAUUUUUGUUGUGACUUUAAAUUUAUUCACCCAGUGUGCAACCACUGAAAUAAAAAGAAGCAUUUUAAAAUGAU